GAACACCUCAAACCAAGAGCAUCGCCAAGUGGAAGUUGAUCCUGCGUCAUGGUCGCCAGCUAUGUGCGCGUGGUUCCCAGGAGCUGUGGUGGUCGGAGUGUUUCCAGAGCUUUCUUCGACAAGCACUGCUGAGUCUCGGCACUUCCGUGGCUCUUUUUUCCGCGCAGGGCCCGAGCUCUGCACACAGCGGGCUUGCAGAGCCCGGUCCUGACAUUCUUUGGACAGGGGCUUACACGCCGGCGCCAGUGGGCUACCGGUCCAUACAGCUUCGAGUUGGGCAGAAGCAGGUGCCGACCAGCGUGUGGUACCCGGCGCAGGUCGGCAAAGCGACGGCGAACAUCGCUGCGGAGAAGAAGCCGUACCAGCACUUCAUCAGUGUGGGCAAGAUCGUGGAGGUUCUGCAAGGUGCGCUCCUGCCGCGGUCAGUGGGCUGGGAGUUUGAUCUGCAGGCCGGGCUGCCAAUCUUUGCUGAUGCCUCGCCCUUGGUGCCCGAGACUUCGGCCGCUUCAGACACGCCCACGAGGCUGCAGCAGCUCCGUUCCUCUGCGGGGCUCCUCCCCAAGAACUGUGCCGUCAUCUUCGCACAUGGCUACCUCGGCAGCCGCUUCGACAUGCUGCACCUCUGCGAGAGGCUCGCAAGCCAGGGCUUCGUGGUCGCCGCCCCCGACUUUUCCGAGGGUUUGUCGGGAGCAGUGUCGGAAUUGCCAAGACGUGACAUCGUCGCGGAGCUUCUGGCAAAGCUUCGCAGAGCUUGGGGAGCGCAGCAAUUUGGCAUCGUUGGGCACUCCGCUGGCGGAGGGACCGCGACAGUUUCUCCAGGCCCGUUUGCAUGUGGUCGCGUGGCUGUUGCGGGCCUGGCUCCUGGAUAUGAUGACAAGGACCCUUUGCUGGUCCUUGCAUCUGAAGGUGAUGGCGUGGUGAGGCUGGAGAGAGUUCUCCAGGCCAUACCGAGUGGGACCCCAUGUGUGGAGGAUCCUGGAAACUACGAUUUUUCUGAGAAGUCGGGCGCGGUACUGCUUCGUCGAGGUCUGAAGGAUGGGCAGCAGGCACCCUGCCACAUUUCUUUCCUGUCCGCCGAGACGAACAAAGCCAUGAUCUCCUUGCUCUCGCCUUUGCUGCCUGUUGCCCGUGUCUUGGAGGUGCCAGUGCUUGACUUCGACACCUAUCUAGAUCUUCAGGACUCUGAGGAAGUUGCUGCCGCAACGCUGCCCUUGAUUGAAGACUUCUUCUGCACGAAUGCGGCCAAGCAAUAG